CCUGACGUCACUUCGUAAAAUGUUGUAGUGCUAUGCGUAGGUCAGUUGCCUACGGUUCUUAAAACAUUUGAUUUUUGUGAUUUGAAAACUGCUCAUAUUACUCUAGUAACAUUUAUAUAACUGCAAUAUGGCUAGUGCAAGCAGUUCAUCAAGAUCUGAGUUUAUUGUGGGAGUGAAGUAUCGAUUAGUGCGUAAAAUAGGAAGUGGGUCCUUUGGUGAUAUAUAUUUGGGUAUUAACGUCACAAAUGGCGAGGAGGUUGCUGUUAAAUUGGAAUCUACUAAAGCUCGCCAUCCACAGCUAUUAUAUGAAAGUAAAUUAUAUAAAAUUCUUCAAGGUGGUGUAGGGAUACCACAUGUUAGAUGGUAUGGCCAAGAAAGAGAUUAUAAUGUUCUUGUGAUGGAUUUAUUAGGACCUAGCUUGGAAGACCUCUUUAACUUUUGCUCAAGACGUUUCACAAUGAAAACUGUUUUGAUGCUAGCAGAUCAGAUGAUAGGAAGAAUUGAGUAUGUUCACAAUAAAAAUUUCAUUCAUAGAGACAUUAAACCUGAUAAUUUUCUUAUGGGUAUAGGUCGUCAUUGUAAUAAACUGUUCUUGAUUGAUUUUGGUCUAGCCAAAAAAUAUAGAGAUAAUAGAACGCGCACCCACAUUCCAUAUCGUGAAGACAAAAAUUUAACAGGCACAGCUCGUUAUGCUAGCAUCAAUGCACAUUUGGGUAUUGAACAAAGCCGACGAGAUGAUAUGGAAUCAUUGGGAUAUGUUCUAAUGUAUUUCAAUCGGGGAAGCUUACCUUGGCAAGGCCUGAAAGCUGCUACCAAAAAGCAGAAGUAUGAGAAAAUUAGUGAAAAGAAAAUGUCAACAAACAUUGAGGUUUUAUGUAAAGGCUUUCCUGCAGAAUUCGCAAUGUACCUCAAUUAUUGUCGAGGCCUCCGCUUUGAAGAAGGACCCGACUACAUGUACCUUCGACAACUGUUCAGGAUCUUGUUUCGAACUCUUAAUCAUCAAUAUGAUUACACUUUUGAUUGGACCAUGCUAAAACAAAAAGCAGCUGCUUCUGCUGCAGCUGCUACCUCUCAAGUGGUUACCACCUCUGCUGGUCGCUAACUAGGUGGCCUUCCCAGACAAAGUGCUGGGAGAUAGGAACAACCUUGAUAGCCAUUUAACAUGGGAAUAGCCUAUGAAUGUCAUUUUAUAAUGGGGAGAGGUGGAGGUGAAGAUUGAAAAAAUUCAUGAAGCAUCUAUGCUUAAAAGAAGUGAAAUUCACUAUAUACUGAAUGCAGAUGAUCAACAUCAAUGAAUGCAUUUUAUUCUCAUCAUAAUUUGUUGGAAAUGUUUUCUGCAUUGUAUAGACUCUGCUAGUUUUUCAUCAAAAGCAUUUACCUCUCCCACUUCAUAUAUAUAGUAUACUGUAAAGGUUUAUGCAAGUCAUGUCCAGUAUCUUACAUUUUGUGUUGCUGUUUCAAGAUAACAUUUUGUCCAUACAUGUUGCCAUUAAUUAUGUCUCACUUGCAUCAUUGUGCAUAAAGGAAAUACAAAGAACAUUUCAUUUCAAAUAUUGACAUUACAUAAAUUAACUAGUUUCCAUUUUCAGUUGUUAAGAACAAUGUGGUCUUCUUUAUGCAUGAUCGUCAUUUCUUUAUAUAAAUUUCAGAGAUCAUCAUAAUAAAGAAAACUAAUAAAUCUGCAGUUUGAAGAAGCCCUUAGAGCUAGCUGUGAGAAUAAUUCAUAAAAAAUAUGCAGGAUAUUGUGUGUGCCUUUUUGAAAAGUGUAAGUUAGCUCUGUACAAGAACAGUAUUUCUGCAAAAUAUUGAAUCUUCUUUUCAUUAACAAAAUAAACUGCUUCUGCAUUUGAUGAGAUGAUGACAAAUACAUUUUUUUUUUUUUUUUUUUCUUUUCAUCUUUAGCAGUGGUCUUAGUCAUUAUUUCAAGUAUAUUGCAGCCAAGUUAUUUGUGGUCAAUAUAUUCAUAUAUGUGUCUCUGUCUCUUUACAUGUAACUGCCACAUACUGUAUUCAUUGAGUUGAGGGGACUGAUAACCUGAUUCUGUGUAAAAAGUUCAUAUUGCUGUUUGUAUAGUUAGACAUCUUUUGUUGCUUGUUGCCGUCUCAUUACUUAUUGCAUAAAUGGUGUGACAACUGUGGAAUUUUUUGUAUGUUGUGCUUGAUAGCACAACUUGUGCUUGAAAAAAUUCUAUGAUAAAAUUUAAAAAUGUAAUAUAAGUAUUGUGUGGUAGCAACAUAAAAAUAAAUAAAUAAGUAAAAUAAAACUUUUAGUUCUUUUAAGAAAUGGAAACUGUUUUAAGAAGGUGUAAAAAGAACAUUUUUUGCUUCAAUAAAGAAACUACAGAUUA